AUGACAACUACCACCUUGAGAAUGGGGGCGCCUUGUCUACCCCCGCCGGACAUUUGCGUUCUACUGGUCAAUGGGCUUCGGCCCGUGAAGGAUGGCGUCUACCCGAUGCCGGCGAUGAAAAUGAACCUGGAAACGAGUGGUAGGCCAACAACCCCCCAAAAUGGCCUGAUCAGCGCCGGCGAUCCGAUGAUUGGCAGCGGGGGCGAGCAGCCGAAUUUCGGCAGGGACGAGGGGAACUCGUUCGACGACGCGCCGGUGCUCACCGACAUGGUCAAGGUCGACUUCAACGACCCGAGCAGGGCCUGGAGCGACACCUCGAGCUCAGGAACCAGGCAAGGAAUUUUUCUGAGGGUCCUGAGAAGCCCUCCAAACUUCUCGCCGACGUCGGAAAGCGCGCUGUUGAGGGACCCCGACUACCGUACGGGGCAACCCUUCCAAACUGCCCUCGAGGACCCCUACCUCUCCGCCUACGACUUCGAGCCCGACGACCACUUUCCCGAGCUCAACGUCGCCCCCGAGGACCUCGAUGACGCCAAGCCGCUUCAGCAAGCAGUUCAGGAUGGCGGCGGCUUCGAAGCAUUUCAACGGUACGCCGACCAUCGACCUCUUGGGGGUCAUCUACCACCAUCCAACCACCCCGUUAACGGCUACGUCAUUCCUCCCAACACCGACUGCGUCUUCCGCAACACCAGCGACCGUCCGAUGCACCUACUAAGCAUCACCCCGGUCGAACUUGCCGGCGCGGUAUUCGACACCGUGCCUGGUGUCCAUCAUGAGGAAGUUGUUGACCCCGUCGGCCACGUCGUCAACCACACCCCUCACAUCUACAACGUCGAAGUCGCCGUCAACGUCAGCGAGCAGUUCGCCCAACCGCCUGAAGGUCACUCGGCUCCCGGUCCGGCGCGCAAAGGCGCCGGUCGUCCUCGUAUCCACACCGUUCAUCUCCUCCCUGGCGAGACCUUGAAAAAGGCCUCCAUCCGCCAAGCCAACUCCCGCCACCGCGUCAAGAAGGCGGCCAGCAAGAAGGUCAAGCGCGACUUCAUCAUCGACAUGCUGGCCGCCGUCGUCGAGGCGCACGACAACAUGAAACCCGCCAAGCAGCACACCAUCGGAGCCAAAAUUGCCGAGCCGACUCCCACACCCCCGAGACUCAACAAGUCCAAUCUGUACGACACGGAAAAGUUGGAGAACCCGGAGAAUCACUCGAUUCCUCGGGUUUAUGAAGACUUGAAGGAGCUGCUGAUUCGUCAGCGAAGUCACCAACCGGGUUUUCGAACGGCUGUAUCAAAGGCGUCAUACGUACUCGGGCGCCCUGAGGAACGGGAUGAUCGUCGUCGAGAUCAAGGCAAAGCCGCUCAAACCCGGAAUCGCGAACGUGACAACGAGGAGAUGAGGAUGUUCGAUGAGAACAUUAUGGAAAUCGAGAACUUCGUCGCCAUGCUGCACCGUGACAACGAGAACAACAAAAAAAUCUAUCAGAUCAUGUCGAAGUUCAACCCCUCG